AUGGGAGCUAUAGCAAAGCGCCAGGUGGACUAUAUACUGGGUUCGAAUCCUCUGGAGAUGUCAUACAUGGAUGAACUGUUAUGGGGAGCUGCAUGGCUGCAUAAGGCAAUGAAAAAUGUCGAAUAUUUGAACUACAUUCAAGCAAAUCACCAUAGUUUAGGAGCCGAUGAAUCAGACAAUAUAUUUGGGUGGUUCAAAAAAAAAAUUCGAGCUCGAGUGCUUUUAUCAAAGGAAAUCCUGGAGGACUUCUCUACUUAUUACCUGAAGUUAAACUGCAGCAUGUUACAUCUUCCUGAAGUUAAACUGCAGUAUGUUACAUCUUCAUCCUUCAUACUAUUGACCUAUACAAAAUACCUCAGCUCCUCCAAACAACUAGUGUCUUGUGGGGGAGUGACAGUGACUCCUCGCAAGAUUAGAGCAAUAGCAAAGUGCCAGAUAUCAUACAUGGUUGGACAAGGUUCCAAGUACCCACAGCGAAUUCACCACAGAGGCUCAUGUCUGUCUUCAGUUGCUCAACACCCACAUGCCAUUGGGUGCAUUGCGGGCUUCCAAUUCUUGGACAACAAUGCCCCCAAUCCAAACCUUUUGGUCAGAGCAGUUGUGGGUGGCCCAAAUGCUAAUGAUCACUUUCCAGAUGACAGACAUGAUUAUCAACAUUGUGAAGCUACAACCUAUAUCAAUGCUCCAUUAGUUGGCUCUUUGGCUUACAUGGCCCAUUCUACUUGCUCUUAG